AUGUCGAAUCCGAUCUACUUUUGUCAUCAGUGCAAUCACGAUGUUCGAUCACGUGAAUCGGAUCUAAAAUGUGCGGAGUGUGGCGGCGAGUUUAUCGAGGAGAUCGAGCGUCCACCCUUUCAACUCCAUUUUGCCGGCAAUCCAGCUCCACAGACUGAUCGUCCACGAGUAGCCACUGCUCGUUCUCGUCCCUAUCCACCACAGGAUCAUCCGCGCAAUCAGCAACCACCGCAAGCAAUGGCGUUUGGACCGUUGAAUGAUUUAAUGAGCAUGUUCAUACCCGGCGGUCGUCCUCCACAGGCACAACAACAUCGACCUCAGCCUCCCCAGCCAAGAUUGAGGCCUCGUAGCGAGGGGGCUUUUGUUCUGAGUGGUCGUCCACCUCACCCGCCACCAAAUCCCGCAGAUGCACAUCAACAUGCCCAUAAUCAUGCCCACGUACAUGCUGUUCCCCCUCAGCUACAUGACUCGAUCAAUCAUUUUAUGACACAACUUCUCUCAGGACUCGGAGCCGAACAGCAAAAUUUUCGAGUUCGUUUGGUGAUGGAUGGUGAUGGAUCCGAUGGUGGAGCACACAUGUUCCCUGGCAACUUUGCGGACUUUGAGCAAAUGCAACUGGAUCAAAUUGUGACGAAUCUACUCAACAGCUUUGAAAAUGGGGCUGCUGCUGCUGCUGGUCUUUCCCCUGAGGAAGUCGCACGUAUCCCACGCGUGAAAGUGAACCAGAAGCACGUGGAUAACGACACACAAUGCACAACUUGUAUGGAGAGUUUUAAGAAAGAUGAGACAGUAUUGGAACUGAACUGCCGUCACAUCUUCCAUCAAGAUUGUUUGGUUCCGUGGUUCGAGCGACACCGUACUUGUCCUAUAUGUCGCCAGGAAGUUGAUCCGUCUACUUUCCCGGACGCUUCAUCCGAGUCGACUCAACCCAGCGCACCAGCACCAUCAUCAUCACCAUCAGCACCAGCCGCUCACGGAAAUCUCCAGCACGACAUGGAUCUUGAU